CAACACCUUCACCAACAUAUCACAGCUUACACACAUCCAAUCAUUUUAUGUAUCUGGCAUAUAAGUAAAUUUUAAAUCCAAGAGAUGAUCCUACCUCAAAUAUCUUGGUCAAUGUCAACUUUUUUCUAUCAAUUUUCAAAAGUUAUCCCAUGACCUAGCUUCUUGAGCAACUACACCGGACCAUGUGACGAAACAGCAAAACCAUUGGAUGAUGAUUAGAUAAUUGAUGCUCAAAUCGGAAUUCACAAUUCACCCUAUCCAUUGAAACUUGGGAUAUUGAUGAGAAUGAGUCAGAGACGUGAGAAGAUUCGAGAUGAUGGCGCCGGAGAUGAAGAGCGUCGCCAAUAUGCGACAGGAGGUCAAACACUUGACGAUUUAGACGUGAAAUAUCCCAACCGACCGAAGAAUCAUUCACGAACUUUAUUCUUUUCGGAUUUGUUCAAAGAUCUCUUCGAUCCUCUAAGCGAGAAUAAGAGUCAAUCCGGUCCUAAAGCUGCUCGUUCCAGAGCCGGUCCUCAUAAAUCUAAUAAACUCUCUCCACAUGAGCAGAAGCGCAACAUCAUCGAGCGCUUCAUAUCAAAAUGGAGGAACGAAGUCGGAAAUGACUUUUACCCUGCUAUGCGAUUGAUUUUACCCAGCUCAGAUCGCGAUAGAGGAAUGUACGGACUUAAAGAGAGCAAUAUUGGCAGACUACUUGUCAAAUUGAUGAGGAUCGACAGAAAUUCCGAAGAUGGAUAUAGUAUCUUACAUUGGAAAGAACCCGUCCGAUCAGGAACCGCCCGCGCUGCCGGCGAUUUCGCUGGGAGAUGUUUUGACGUGUUAUCCAAAAGACCCAUGCGCAUAGAUCCUGGGGAUAUGCGUAUCGCAGACGUUAACGAAUUACUAGACAAGCUAGCUGCAUCAUCCGGCGAGAGCGAACAACUACCAAUAUUCGAGACCUUCUAUCAGCGCAUGAACGCAGAAGAGUUAAGAUGGCUCAUCCGUAUCAUCCUGAAGCAAAUGAGAGUAGGAGCUACGGAGAGAACCUUCAUGGAAUUAUGGCAUCCCGAUGCGCAGGAUCUAUACAGCGUAUCUUCGAGUUUACGCCAGGUCUGUUGGGACCUCUAUGAUCCUAAAUUCCGUCUCACGGAUGGCCAAACAAAUGUCACAUUGAUGCAAUGCUUCCAACCCAUGCUUUGUCAUUACCAAAUGUCUGCUUCUUUCCAAAAGAUGGUCGAUAAGCUCAAUGCAACAAAUCGCGUUGAAGGCGAUGACCAAUUCUGGGUAGAAGAAAAGUUGGAUGGUGAGCGAAUGCAAUUACACAUGGAAGAAGAUGAUGAUAUUCCUGGUGGCAUGAAAUUCCGCUUUUGGUCAAGAAAAGCCAAGGAUUACACGUAUCUCUACGGAGAAGGUUUUGAGGACCAGACAGGAUCACUCACUCGCCACCUCAAAGAUGCCUUUGCUCCAGGUGUACGAAAUAUCAUCCUCGACGGCGAAAUGAUUGUGUGGGAUCCAGAAAUCGAUAAGGUAUUGGGAUUCGGUACCCUAAAAACAGCAGCUCUUGCGGAACAACGAAACCCUCAUAAAGAUAAUGCGCCACGACCGGUUCUCCGCGUCUUCGACAUACUCUACUUAAAUAAUCAGCCUUUAACCCAGUACACCUUGCGAGACCGGCGAAAUGCGCUCGAGAAAGCUGUACGAGGUGUGCCAUACCGAUUAGAGGUACACAAGUAUGAUAAAGCUACCUCGGCUGAUGUGAUUGAGCCAAUGCUUCGGCAAAUCGUUUCUGAUGCUUCCGAAGGUUUGGUCAUCAAGAAUCCGCGCUCCAUGUACUCCCUCGCCGAUCGUAGCGACAACUGGAUUAAAGUCAAGCCCGAAUACAUGAGCGGUUUUGGCGAGUCGGUGGAUGUCGUGAUUAUUGGAGGAUACUACGGGUCUGGUCAUCGUGGUGGUGCGAUAGGUUCUUUCCUCUGUGGUCUGCGCGCUUCGGAGAACGAUAUCAAAGCAGGUGCCAGUGCGGAAACAUGCUUCAGCUUUGUGAAGGUUGGCGGCGGUUUCAGAGCUGAAGAUCUUGCCGAGAUUAGACAUCACACGGAAGGAAAAUGGAAUAUUUGGGACCAGAAGAAACCACCGAACAAGUACAUCCAACUUGCCGGCGGAGAUAAGUACCAAUAUCUCAGACCCGACGUAUGGAUUCGCCCAAGCGAGUCCAUCGUCAUUUCGGUUAAGGCGGCCAGUGCGGGAGAAUCCGAUCAAUUUGCUACUGGCAUUACGUUACGAUUCCCACGAUUCAAAAGUAUGCGGACUGACCGAAGCUGGGACUCAUGUCUAGAUUUCCAAGGAUUUGUGGAUAUGAAAAUCCGAGCCGAGAAUGAAAAUAAAGAAAAGGCCAUGAAAAUGGAGUCGCGUAGGAAGCGCUCCGCCAAACGGACUAAAAGGGAUAUCGUCAUUGCCGGUCAGGAUAAUACCGCACUGGCAUUGUUUGAUGGACCUAAAACUAAAGUAUUCGACGGCUUGGAGUUUUGUGUUUUAACGGAUUGCACGACACCAGUCAAGAAGACCAAGACACAACUCGAAAGGUUGAUAAAAGAGAACGGCGGCAAAAUAUACCAGAGAGCAGAUCCAGAAAGUGGCAUGCUUCUCAUUGCCGAGAAAAAGGUCGUCAAAGUCGCCAGUCUAAUCAAGGCAGGGGACGUGGAUAUUAUCAGGCCCAAAUGGAUACUGGAUUGUCUUGCGCAGCGUGAUGAGGAUUUCCUACUGCCUUAUGAGAGCGGUCACUUAUUCCACACUACCGAAGCUACGGCACACCACGCGGAAGAAAACGUAGAUGAGUUCGGUGACAGUUAUGCAAGAGACCUGGAUUUGAAGGAGUUACGAAAAGUGCUGAAAUCAAUGCCAAAACAGGAAGCCCUCAUCGAAGAACCAUUCAACAAGGACGAGUUUCUAAACCAACUAAUUCAGCAUGGUCACGACAUCGGCAAUUUGAGGAGUUAUAUCUUCAGAGGCGCACGAGUGCAUUUUUCGGCUACAGACGAUAUCACACCUAUUUCGUGUCUCAAAUUGAAGAAUUGGGUUAAAUAUGGAGGUGGUUCGAUAGUCGAGGAGCUAGACGACGGAAGCAUAACUCACGUAGUUAUAAUGAGUGGUAGCGAGAAAGGGGAGAUGGAACAAGCAGCAGAAGUGCGUUCGAUCAUCAGUGCCCGGACCCCCGUUCCGAGAGUAGUCUCACGACAAUGGGUGGAGGAUUGCUGGAAGAACAGCACAACAGUUGACGAAGAAAGGUAUGCGCCAUUGUAAUAACUUAAACGGAUAGCAACCCAAUACCUAGUUGUUGCCAAUCUAGCCAAUGUCUAUUGAAUCCAUGCAUUUCCCACUGGUAUCUUUACUUUCCUAUCGUCAAGAAUAAGCGGUCACCCACGUCUCCCACACCAGGCUUUACCAUGCCGUUUGGUGUGAGUUCUGCAUCGACACCCGCAACCCAUAUCUCGACGGCCUCAGGCCACUCCUUAGCGGCAACUGUUACACCUGGUGCUGCGGCGAUGACCGAUAGAACAAUGAUUCUCUUAACACCCCAUUCUUUAAGUGUCUGGAUAGCGGCAGCACAAGUUCCUCCGGUCGCAAUAACUGGGUCCACAAUGAUAGCCAAGCUAGAAGCAUUGGUUCCAGGCUCGGUAGCCGAUGUGGGGAUAUGGUGUGGCAAGUUGUUGUAGUACUCGACGGGUUCGAGUGUGCUAGGUUCUCGGUAUAGCCCUAGGUGGUGCACGGGGACCGGCUCGGGAAGAAGGGUUUGAAUUGCUA